UUUACUGCACAAAACGUGGAGCAAUAAUUUAUCGAUACAUUUGUAUAAGCGCUAUAUUGGUUGAGCAGCGGCAUGGAAAAAUACAAAGUAACGACUUUUUUGAUAACUGGACAACCAGGAGUCGGCAAGACAACAUUGGUUCGUAAAAUAAUCGCCAAACUGGGCGGCGACAACAAACUUGCCGGUUUUUACACAGAAGAGGUGCGAACGAAUGGACAGCGGAUUGGAUUCGACGUGGUUACUGUGAGCGGUACUCGAGGCAUUUUGGCUCGCGAGAAUCCACUGGAUAAUCAACGUCGACCAAAGGUGGGCAAAUACGCAGUGUAUGUGCAGGAUUUUGAGAAUGUGACGCUGCCACUUCUGCAACUGGCACCCCAUUCACAGCAGCUGCUGAUUAUUGAUGAAAUCGGAAAAAUGGAGUUGCUGAGCCAUCGAUUUGAAUCUGCCAUCAAUGAGCUGAUGCGGCAGAAACAGCUCAUUCUAGCAACUAUUCCCUCACAAACCAGACAACCGAUGCCGAUUGUUGAACGACUGAGAAAUGCACCGGAUUCUUUUAUUUACCAGGUGACCAAAGCCAAUCGCGAUGCCCUUACCGACGAUAUUACAGAGCAUGUUCGAAAAACGCUAUUUAUGAGAAAAAAUAUCUUUCCUUUCACUUGUAUAAAACCAAGCAAACAUACAUUGAGCAGUAGCAGUUUGGGCCCAAGUCAAGAAUAACGAUAGAAAAAUUAAAACAUUUUUUGUUAAA